GCAUCCUACUGCCUACUACCCAAAAUGAAGGCAUUUCUCAUUGCAGCCAUUCUCUUGUCCUCCCUUCUCAUUGCCACUAAUUCCACUUCGGCUGGUGACAAAGGAGCUGCUGUUUGUAACGAUCCAAAAAACGUGAAGAAUUGCAACGCGAAAGCUCCACCAAAGACGAGAUGCCCAAGAAGAGAGGGAUGCAGGGGGCCGCCGGCGACAACACCACACACAUCUACGCCUUAAUAAUUAUAGACGAAGCUAUGUAGGCAUAUGCUUUUAUAAGGGAAGUCGCAAAUAUGCAAUUGCUAUGUAUAAAUAAGUUGCGUAUGCCUGUUGUGAUGUGGGUUACAAAUAAUAAUGAACUCUAUGCUAUGUAACAAAUGCUUUGUACGCAAUCUGCUAUGAGUAUUUCUAAAUAAUACUUUUCAAGGUUA